GUCUAUAAAGUUGGCGCGAAACUUACACUCUAUUUCACAUACGUGGGUCUUUCCUGCGACCUCUGUGCUGGUCCUCCUUGCGCGCACUGACGUGUCAGAUUGAAAGGAGGCAGAAAACCCAUAAAAGACGUUUUAAUUUUAUUUGCAAAAAUAGCUGUCAGCGCACACAGUCGUUGGUUGUGGCAGAAAGCAUCAGACCAAGAAUUCUCUAUCGUUUUCAGACAAGUUCAGUAGAUUGACGUCCAUUGGAACAAAGCAGGGCAGGAUGGCUGUCAGUGUAGCCCUUGUCAUGUUGUCGCUUGGUUUCGCCUUCACAAGCGCCGGCAUCGUGUCCACCGGGGAUAACAAGACCCCACCCAGCUUCGGGAAGGGACUGAACACCCACAACUUUCAACAGUGGGACGACUGGAUCAAGAAACGAAGUCGCUUCAGCUCUCCGUGGACACAAGGCGAUUUCUCAGGGGACAAGUUCCAGCAAUGGCAGGACUGGAUGUACAAGCGAGGCUUCGGUAUUCCCGACUCCACUGUGCUGGGCUCUAAUGGGACCCCAAGGUUCCAGGGUUGGUCUGAGUGGAUGAGCAAGAGAGGUUUCGGCAUCGGGGCGCCCUUUGCUGGCUCCUCGGACAGCGAAGGGGGUCAGUUCCAACAGUGGCAGAACUGGAUGGCCAAGAGAGGAUUUGGAAUCGGAGGUCCGUUUCCCGGCUCUGCUGAUGGUGACAAACAGGCAUUCCAGCAGUGGCAGGACUGGUCGAAAAAGCGAGGAUGGGACACACCGGUCAAUGGCUUCGGGGGUGGACCUGGAGCGCCUAGUUUCCAGAGCUGGGUGGACUUCACCAAGCGUCAGCAGUUCGAUCCUCCAUCUGCUAGCUUCGGAAAGGGAAACUUUCAGAACUGGAACAACUGGUACAAGCGUCAAUUAGAUGGAAGCCGUGCUGAGUUCGGCAAACACCAGUUUGGAAGCAGAGACGAGAUGAUUAACUAUCAAAAUUUGUACAAAAAGAGUUUGAAGAAAAGACAACUUGGCUACGCUCCUGAGAGAUUUGGUGUCAACCGCUACUUCGCCAAUGGUCUGCAAGACUGGAGGUCUACGUUCAAAGGAGUGAAGCGUAGCAAGGCUAAUGAAGCCGCGAAAAGCAAUGAUCAGUAAACCCAAAGAAGAUGAGAGGAAAAUUAUACUAAAUUUUAUAAAAUCCUGUCCAGAGACCAGAUUGAACGAGUUUUAGCUUUGUGAACUCUGUCAUGUCUCUACCUUAAACAUUAAUAUAUACCAUCGCCACAGUCAGUAGACCUGAUGUAGACCUGGAGAUGCAAGAGGAAGUCAGAGGGAAGGCUGGGACAGUGAACUGAUAGCCUUAAUGAACAUGGUCGAACGACCACUCUUACAAUUGAAAACGUAGAGUAACACUUCCUAGCCUAAAGCAUUACUAGUAGGAAAACGGAAACAUUGUCUCACUCCCUUAGUAAGACAAGAAAAUGACGUUUACUCAACUUGCAAUUCAUUUCAAUUUUGUUCAGAAUUUAUUUUUUUAGUUUUAUUGAUAAUUUGUUUAUUUGAAAAUGUAAUAAAAGCUUUCAAUGUCCUUUUAUAUCAGAAAUAAAUAAUGGUGUUUUGUUUUCA